GGAAGUUGUUGGCUGCUGCCGGGAGACAACAGCACCAGGAAGCAAGCUUUCAGAGGAGUGUAGCGUGUUAAGAAAUAUAGCUACUUUGAUUUGGCAAAAAUGCCCAAUACUAGCUAUCGUUCCGAUUGCAUUAAAACAAUCGCAUGUAUCUAAUUCAUUACUGCUAUUUGUCUGUCAUGACAUUUUUUUAAUUUAAACUAGCCAUGUCAGUUUUCUCCCGGAAGUACAGCUUGUUUUUUCUGUUGAAGAUGGUCUGCUGCUAACUUGCUAGCCUUGAUUUAUCUUGUUCAACAACUGAGCUAGUUCUAGGGAACCACAAAGGAUAACAGUUUUCUUUCUAGUUACAAGCGUAACUGUUUAUCUGUUAUGCUGAAUGAAGUGGUUGUCAUUGCAUGGGCAUAUUAGCUAUGCAAUAAGACUCUACAGCUUAACGUCAGUUUGUCCAUUGAUAUGCUAGCUACAUGUAGCUAGCUAAUUUUGAUACUUGGGGAGCGAUGGAAAGCCCAGGGAAUAAUCACUGUAAUCUUGUGGUUAGUUGAGUUCGAUACCUGUCUUAGAACGUCACAACGUUGCUGUCAAAUACUUCAUUCGAUUGCCUUUUUUUACGUUUACCGAGCUUCCAGACACCAUGAGUGCCAAAUUUGGACUGAUUAAUUACAACAGCUCCCGGAAGCACAUUUCCAUCUCUGUGCCGUCUACGACAGAGAUCAUGUCCCCACAUAUAAAAUCUGUGGAGGAGCUGCGGGUUCUGGGCAUCAACCUCAGCAGCUUCAACACGCCCGCACAGUUCUUCAUCUGUGUGGCUGGGGUCUUUGUAUUUUAUCUCAUCUAUGGCUAUCUGCAGGAACUCAUAUUCUCAGUCGAGGGAUUUAAGCCCUUUGGAUGGUACCUUACAUUAGUACAGUUUGGGUUCUAUUCAAUGUUUGGACUGGUUGAACUGCAGCUCACGCAAGAUAAAAGAAGAAGAAUACCUGGGAAAACAUACAUGAUAAUUGCAUUUUUAACCGUGGGGACUAUGGGCCUAUCAAACACAUCUCUUGGAUACUUGAACUACCCCACACAAGUCAUUUUCAAGUGCUGUAAACUCAUUCCUGUAAUGAUAGGAGGGAUAUUUAUUCAAGGGAAGCGCUACAAUGUAGCUGAUGUAUCCGCUGCUCUCUGUAUGAGUUUGGGCCUUAUCUGGUUUACUUUGGCAGACAGUAAAGUUGCCCCCAACUUUAACGUAACAGGAGUGAUCCUCAUCUCUAUGGCCCUCUGUGCCGACGCUGCUAUUGGAAACGUGCAGGAGAAGGCCAUGAAGCUCCACAAUGGCUCCAACUCGGAGAUGGUUUUAUAUUCCUACUCUAUAGGAUUUCUGUACAUAUUGCUGGGUCUGUUCUGUGCGGGUGGCCUGGGACCAGCAGUGGCCUUUUGCUCUCAGCACCCAGUGAAGACCUAUGGUUACGCAUUCUUCUUCUCUCUCACGGGAUACUUUGGCAUUUCUUUUGUUCUUGCAUUGAUCAAACUCUUCGGAGCUCUUGUGGCAGUUACCGUGACAACAGGGAGAAAAGCUAUGACAAUCGUGCUGUCAUUUAUUUUCUUUUCAAAGCCUUUUACUUUUCAGUACAUUUGGGGUGGUCUGCUGGUGCUGUUUGGCAUAUUCCUCAAUGUUUACAGCAAAAACAAGGACAAAAUGAAACUGCCGUCCCUGGCCGACAUCCGGAGCCGUAUGGCGUCCAGGAAAAGGGGGAGACUGAUGUCUCAGGACGUGUAGACAGCUGUCGCUGGUGAUGGUGCCAAACUCUGUAGCUGAACUGGGACCCCUGAUUGGACGGGCUCUGAAGGGUGAGGUUGGGGAGCCCCACAGAAACAUUCCUGCUGAUGUAGAACCAGGAGCACCUGCUGGAGUCUCUAAAGGGAGUCCAUUUCCUGGCCCAGGAGCACAGCAUUGCACAGUACCAGUGACUUUAACGCUUGCCUGAAAUAAAGGGGACCAAGCAACCAUUUAAACAAGACACUAUUCUCCAUUGAUCAGGACUAUGGGAAAAUGGUAGUAAAAAUACUGUUGUGAAAAAUAUGUUUUGUCAUGUACAUGCCCCAAAUGGCUAAGUUUUACUCUUCAACUGCUGUCUUACUGUAGAUACAUGGCUUUAGUUAAAUUUUUUUAAUUUAUGUCCGAAUCAUGUAAAGAAAAUGCGAUUGCAAGAUCUAUAAGAGUACGGCAGUGCUCUUACCUGCAUCAGUGUGCCAUAAUUACGAUAGUCCAUGAACCGUUUGUUUUGGUGAAAGGGUUGCUGUUCUCUCUUUUUUUCUUUUCUUUUUUUUUUUUUUUACCACAUUGGAGUCAGAAAGAGGGAAGUUAAUUCAAGGAGUUUGAUGUGUUUUCAUAAACGUCUUGUAAGCAGCUUACCAGCCGUUUCUUAUCCGUUGGCUGCAGAAAGAGGAGUUGAAUUCCUGCCAAGAAGCUUCUCAGAUGUUUACCCAUCAGAUGGCCCGGGGCUUGUUUGAUUAGUAAUCCUGGAAUAAGAUAGCACUAGAAAGAAAACAAACACUGUUCAAAGGGCUUGGCUUUCGACCUAAUUUAGAGCGCCGGUACGUUACGUGGGCGCGUGAUGUCGGGGGACAUCCUGCCGAUGGCGGAAGAGUCGGAGCGGGACCCUCCAGGCGUUAUUACCGCGUGUCUCGGACAACACCCUUUGCCGUUUUUCCGAAGCGCACAGGGGGGCCUUGUCAGUCAGCCGAAAAUUGGGAGGGGGACAGGAAGCGACCAAACAUGAUUGUAAUAGUGAUUAUUUUGGGAACAAUGGACCAGACAGCUUUGGAAACUGUUGAACAGUAUGCGGAAUAAGACUGAAUGUAUGUCACUUAAAAAAAAGAAAAAAAGAAAAAAAAACAAUGUGUUGAAUGAAUGGGCUCGAUUUUUCUGUACUGUUAAAUUUAUUGUUUGGAUUUAACUGCCGUAUCCUUGAUAAUGAUGAAGGAAGAAGUUGGAUGUUUGUUGAACAUAACAUCUGAUAGCAAGCAGAAUGGAAUAUAUAAAAAUGUAAAUAGCUGUAUAGGAAUACGUUUCUUGAUACCUGGGGCAUGAUUGCUUGCAGAUUGGCAUCUCGCUGCAGAACCGAUAUUGAAAAAUGUAUAGAGAUCAAGAUGUCUAACCUCGUAAAGAUAAGCAAAUACAAUUUUUUUGUAUUACUCAAAGGACCCUUGGAUAUUUGUGCAGUAUAGCCAUGUAUUAUAUGCAUGCGCAAACAGACGUGUAAUGUAAACAUAAGAGUCGCAUGAAUUGUCAGGCAUACGUUGUAAACUUGUGUCCUCCAUGGGUCAGUUGGCUCACUAUGAAAGGAGUUUAAAUGAAAGGACGAGAAGCGCUUAUGACAGCAGGAUCUUAUCUGCCUCCUCUUCGUUCAUCAGCCGCCUACAAAUAGAAAAUCUGCCGGACUGUGCCAGCCUACAUUCAACAACUCCAAACUCAUAUUGGCGCAAAAGCUGGAUUUCUCACAUGCAUGGUCUGAUCAACCUAACUAAUUGGUAACCAUUAAGAUUGACCGCUAGGGAUCAUUUUGAAAAAUGUUUCGAAAAAAUCCUCCUCCCAGCUCACAGCAUUAAAAAGGGAAGGUGUUCGUUUUGGAGGUGUCCUGUAGAAUGUAUGAUAUACUGGUACUAAUUGCCCUCUAAUGUGUGGCUUAAUGUAAAAUUUCAAUAUUUGCCAGCUCUGUAGGGGGCAGGAUAUUGCUCUGUUAGUGGCAUCGUGGAAGCGAAAACGUUACAAGCUGACGCCCUGGCAGGAAGCUCGGCGCAGGGCAAUUAGUCAUUCAGUAUUUCAUAAAACCUGGCAGCUCCUCAACACUGACAAACUGACAGAUUCUUCUCAAGGGUCCGGAGGCUUGCAGCAAAAACAGCAGACAUGCCGGAUGUGUCACACCAUUUGAUCUCAACAUGACAAAUGUUGGAAUUCUGUUUAUUUUUUUAAUAAGCUGUGCAGAAAAUAUGGGUAAUUGAUGGGGGGGGGACAUGUCUUGUGUGUUUGAUUUGGAUUUUUAUGAGAAUGUAUUAUUUCACCAUGUCUCUUAAUCUAUGGCAGCGAUGCAGACGUACUGGGUCUCCAAAGAUUUUGUCAAUGAACAAAAUUAACUGGAGACAAACGUGACUGUGAUGGUAUGGAGAAGUAGGUGAAGGGGAGAACAUGCAUAUCGGAGUACAUAAACCAUGGCUAUACCCCAAUAAAUGGCUCACUGUCUCACCUGUACAUUUUGCAGGGAUAAUGUAACAGUUAAUUUAAUAAAUUGGUAACUAUUGUUUGGAUCGCUUCUAUAUUUUAAUAAAAAAAUAUAUAUACUUGUACAACUA